AUGAGGCCUCUUCUCGGGCUUCUCGCCCUGGGCAUGUCGCUCUGGACCGCCCAGGCGCUUGAGGUUCCCAUGAACCAAAAGGAAGACUCUCGCCAGUACUGUACAGGAAUGUACAGUCGCACGUCUUGGGGCGGGCCGGUUGAUCCGUUUAUUCUCGUCAAGUUUCUCAACAACACUGCCCCUCAAGGGGACGACCCAAUUGCGAGUCUGGUUAUUUUCGAGUGGAGAGAUGCCGAUUUUGUGGGAAUCCCGGAUCCAGACAUCCAAGCCACUCGACUUGCACUCUGUGACGAAGGCAUGAUUAAGAAUGGCGUUUGUAACUCGACUGACAAGGGCGAAUUCGUUCUGGCCCCGAAUGCGACUGAGGCUUCCAACUUGUUGAUUCUGAGCAAGGCCGUCCACCUCAACAACCCGACUCCGAUCAACUACCCCAUCAAGAAGACUGGAUACUACUGCGUCAUCACCGAGGGCUUCAACAUUGAUAAGUACAAUGCCGUGGUCGAGUUCCGAAACGCCUACGGAGAGCUGCCGGCAACCCAAAUUCCGAAGCUCCCCUUCUACGGUGGAAUGUCCAUCCUAUACGCCCUGGUAACCGUUUUCUGGGCUUUCCUUUAUUUUCAACACCGACAUGAUAUCCUUGCGGUGCAAAAUUAUAUUACGGCUAUUCUCAUCUUUUUGGCAAUUGAAAUGCUCCUGACAUGGGGCUUCUAUGAUUUCCAAAAUCACCACGGAACUGCCAACGUGGGGAGCAAGGUCUAUCUCAUCGUCGUUGCUAUUCUCAACGCGGCUCGAAACUCCUUCUCCUUCUUCCUGCUUCUCAUCGUUUGCAUGGGAUACGGUGUUGUCAAGCCUACCCUUGGCCGCACGAUGAUUUACGUUAGAUGGCUUGCUGCCGCACACUUUAUAUUUGGCAUUGUCUACGCAGUCACGAGUUUGCUAGUAUCGCCAGAGAGUGCUGGGCCCUAUGUGCUUCUUAUCGUCCUUCCGCUGGCCGGAACUUUGACUGCCUUUUAUGUCUGGACGCUCAACUCGCUCAACUUUACUCUCAAGGAUCUGCGUGAGCGCAAGCAGCACGUCAAAGAAGGCAUGUACAAGAAGCUUUGGUGGGCUAUCCUCAUUAGCGUCUUGGUCAUCUUUGCCUUUUUCUUCUUCAACAGCUUCACCUUUGCCUCUGUCGGCGACCCCGAUUUUGUUCCUUUCCACUGGAAGACUAGAUGGUUCAUCCUUGAUGGCUGGCUCAACAUUGUUUAUUUUGCUGAUGUUGCUUGGGUCGCGUAUCUCUGGAGACCAACAGUCAACAACCGCCGCUUCGCCAUGAGUGACGAAAUUGCGCAAGAUGAUGACGGCAACUUUGAAAUAGGAGACAUUGGCAUGCCUGACGACUCAGAUGAUGAAGAGGCACAGAUUGGAAAGCCUGUUCCCGGCUUCGGGCAAGAGAGUGGCUUGACAGGUGCUGGGCCGGCACAAGCUAGCACCAGCAGAGCCGUUCCUGGCGGUGCGUCAUCAGCGGCCGGUCGUGGCAUUCCACGAGAGUCGCUCGAGGGAGAGACGAUAUUCGCUGUUGGCGAAGACGGCGACAAGGCAUCAGACAGCGAGGGUGACAGUGACGACGAGGAUGCCAAGCUUGUACACAAGAAACUGUGA